AUGCCCGACACAAAUGUAAAGCCGAAACGCCCUCCUAUAUCUGCGUUUGGUGAGGGAACCGUCUCAAAACGAACGCGAACUGGCGCUCAUGAGAAGCCCAAACACACAGACGGAAAAUUAACUAAAGCCAAAUCAAUAGCAUCUGCUAUCCGUUCUUCCGAAGAUGCGUUUCGUGUGAAGCCUGUGUCUUCAGCUAUGGGUGGACCGAAACCUCAGCGUCUAUCCGGAUUACCGCUGAAUCCGAAGGAAGCCAUGUCCACUUUCAAAAGGACUACAGGAACUGUAACACCUGCGGAGGAUUUAGGACGUCCGAAAGCCACCUUACAAGGACCGCGACGACUACCGUUACCAGAGUCAGACACGGAUUUCGCACAACCACGCAAGAAAGCACGAAUCGUACCUCCAGUAGUUCAUAUCGAGAAUCAGAAUGGCAUAACCACCCCAUUAGUCAACCGCAUCCGUCCACCAGACUUACGAUCAAUGUCAUCGGAUGUGGCAACACCCGGACGCAAGGUUGUUCCUUUUCACGCUCUGCAAGUUCCAAGUCUCGACGAAGCAUCGGGCGAAACGCCGUCAUCAUUAAAGCCUUUACCAGCACCGAAUUUCGACUUGGGAGGUCGAAGUAAGGGCAAGCUCUCCGCAAUGAAAGCCUUAGAGCCGCCGAUACUGGACUUGCCUGAAGAAGAGCCGAGCGACGAACAUGUGGAAUUGCAGAGAGGAUUGCUUGUGAGCCCGGAAAAGGGAGAAAAGAGGCGAAAUCGAUUCGUCCGGAAUGGGCUAGCUGAACGUGCACAGACUCUCAUCAACCGUUCGUCGACCGCAUUGACUCUUUGGAAGAAGGACAUCGAACCCUUUGCAUCACACUCCGAACGACUUCAAGCUGACCUACGUCUUCGCGUGAAGAGCAUUAUCCAUGUUUCUCGGAACGCGAACUUGCACUCUCGUAAUGCUGGUGCUAUUCGCUCUGUCCUUGCGAUAUGCGCCGCACUAGAUGGCCUCGAGUGCACUACUCUGUUCUCAUCCUGCCACAACGAUCAUGAUUCGAGAUCACUGAAAGAGGGUUCUGAAGUCCUUGUUUGGAAGCCAUGGCAAGAGACUGCUCAUCCUCGUACACUUUUCUGCUCCCGAUUCCUUGCGCUUCCCUCCUCAGGCUUUCCUUAAGCGCUUUGUACUGCUUUGCAUCCACAUAUCAUGUACAC